AUGGAAGUCCCACGCCGUUCUUUAGCUGCGUCUCUCUCUCCUCUCCGCCUGAUCGAUGGACUCCCACGUCGUAGGAGUUUCAAUUACAAUCAGAUGCCUGAAGAGCCCAUCAAACUCACUGUUCUCAAGCUCGAUGGAUCUUCUUUUGGUAUUCAAGUAUUGAAGACAGCUACAGUAGGGGAGCUCAAAAUGGCAGUAGAAGCUGCGUUUUCUCACUUACCCAUCACAGGCCCUGGCAAGAUCUCUUGGCCGCAUGUUUGGGGACAAUUCUGCUUAUGCUAUGAAGAACAAAGAUUGAUUAACGAGGCUGAGUACCUGAGUGACUUAGGCAUCAAAGACGGAGAUCAGCUUCGAUUCAUUCGCCAUAUCUCAAACUACUGCAUCUUGAUGGUGAAGCAGAAGAAGAGCAAGACGACACCACGUGUUUCUUCUUUGAAACAACUUAAACUACCGUCUAGGUUCUCAAUCAAAAACGAAACCUGGAAAAAGAAGGGGAAAGAAGAUCAAGAAGACGGUGUUGACUCCAUCCCUCAGAGACAACCAAGCUUUCUAACGACUGUGUUGGGAGGUUGGCUUUCUUCAAAGUCAACGCCAAGUCAUCCAGGGACUAAACACAGAAACGUGACUGCUUCUUCUACUUCCUCGUCUUACCAAAGAGUUUUUAACAAACUCAUGGCAAGGUUUCGCUUCAAGUGUUAUUCAGAGAAAGAUGUCUGGAACAGAAAGAAACUCAUCUCUGAAACAUGA